UCGGGAGCCGAAUCGCUGCUACUCCCGCUGCCGUUCCCGUUCGCCUCCAUUUUGUGGCUGCCCCACAAACCUCUGCGGCUCCGAAGCCGUACGGGAGGAGAAGGCGGCGGCGGCGGCAGCACCGACUCAGCACUCCCUCACUCCAGCGACUCCGCGUGUGCCCCACCGCCCUGCGCAGUGUGACCUGCCGGGGUUCCUGUGCCUCCUCCCGACAGAAUCGUUCGCCGCCAUCUUGGUAGUUAUUUCUUCCCUGGUUCCCAUUCCAUAACAUGAGUGUGCUGAGGUGUAGGGACUACGAUUCCCAUUAGGCUUUGCGCGCACAUAUUCACCUUUCCCACUGGGAGAGACGGGAAAUGUAGUUCUCUUGGCCUACUGGGUCACUUUUCCCGGCAGGCUUUACGCACUAAUCUCACGGCUUUGCGCCUCUUUCACCUCCCUCCCGCCAGAGAGACGGGAAAUGUAGUUCGCGGGAGCCAGCCUGAAGGAGAACACCGAAUCCCAGCAGGCACUGCCUGUUCAUUUGCUUUUGUUCAACCUUUUUUUGCCACCGCAUAGAGGGAUGGGAAAUGUAGUUCUCCCACCUUGACUAGGGAGAACAACCACCCUUCCCAUAACUAACUUAGAAGUAGGAAAGGUGGGUGGCAGCUGGUGGACUUCAGUGGUGAUAGUAUCAGAGAGCUACCAAGUUGGAGGCGCUCAAUUUCCCCCCUUUCAAGUUCAGGAAAGCUGAAUAUUAAUAUUAAAUAUUUCCUCCACUUGGCUUCACUGAAAGAUCACACCAUAUAACAUGACUUCACAGAAUUGUAUUGUUCAGAGAAGCUGAAUUAGGAGAUUUCAAAGUUGGUAACACCAGUGUUGCUUCAGUGAAACCUCACUGACUUCAGUUUCAAACACCUACACUUUAAUUUGCAGGUCAUUGAAGAGCCAUCCACAGAGAUUGGAUGGAUCUGGUGCUCCAGGGAAUACUGUGCCAGCAGUUCUUUGGUGAUGCCAUGAUUUUCUGACCCUCUGGGUGCCAGCUGGCAAGGGAAUUACAAAAAUAUCCUGAUUCUGACUAACAUGGCUGCUACUCUGAAACCUGAAAAUGGCAAGAAAUUGAAAAUGACUGAAAAAAAAUAUAAUCAGUUCUGCAAACAAUAUAUUGCUUUUGGAUUCACAUCUCUACAAAUAGUGAUCCACCUCAAGCUUUGUGUUCCUUUGCGGAGAAACUCUAUCAAUUAACAGUAUGAAACUAGCGCAUUUGCAACAACAUUUGAAGACAAAACACCCCGUGCAUGCAGUUCACUAAUUACUGACCCUGAUGGCUCAACAUUGCUUCAAAAAUGAGUAUUUUGACAGCUUGCUGCAAUCUUGUAUACCCUGUCACCUUCGAUGUUCCAGUAAGCCACCUUUUUCAUGUCAGAGCUAUUGUAAUGAGAGUACUACAGGUCAAGUAAAUGUAUCAGAUGGAAUUCUUUGGAUCGGUUUGGGAAUAGGAGUGAUUUUAACAUUCACAGUGUUCAUAUUAAUGGUCUUGUUUAAAAUGAGGCACCCAAAACAAUCAAAGGAAGAACUGAAAAACACAGAGUCUGCAGUGGAGCCGAAUGUUAUACUCAAGACUGAUACUGAGACCAGUGUGAACACAGAUAUAAUUGGAGAUUCCCUCCAAAGUGAAGCAUCACUGAUGUAUUCAGUGGAGGAAUGCACUUGCGGGGACUGUGGCUUGGUGAAACUCCAAACUGGCUUUGAUACUUCAUUCCCAUUACCAGCCACAGAGGAAGGAACUACUGUUCUGGUCACCACAAAGACUUCUGAAUAUUGCAGCUAUAUUCCAGGUGCUAUGAUGACUCUGUGAUAGGGAAAUGGAAGCAUUUUUUAUUACAUAAUCAAUCAGCUCAUCCAGUAUAGGUAUACUCAUAAAUUUUAUUAUUUGCUGUCAGUAGAGAAGGAUAGUACAUGUGGUUUCUUUAUAGCUUUUACAUUUAACUUUCAUUGGUAUUAUAUUAUUUCUAAUUUUAGUCUCUCUUGGGAGCUAUUUACUGGAACUUAUAAGCUAUAAGAACCCCUAUGUGGGGAAAACUUUUCUGCACUAUCAUUAAAGACUAUAUUUACUAGUCAAAAGGUUGGAUGUGCACAAAUGCCAUCAAUAAACAAGCUCAAAUAUAUAUUUAAUGACUAUGUCACACAAAUAAAUCUUGUACCAAAAUGUUUUUGUAGUACUAAGAGGUGAGGGGGGAAAAAAAAAAAAAAGGUAUGUAGCAUCACUUUUGUACCACUUCAGAGAUCCAGAUUCUGAGACUUUGGGGCCCAAUGAAAAUGGGAAUGCUUGCAAAGGAAGUGCUCUAAUACUGGAUACAUUUAUGGAA